GGGACCCAGCAUCCGCACUGUAGCGGACGCCUUUACCGAAAAGGUCUAAGCGCGGCUAAGUGAGUGGAGUCCCACGGCGUUACGGGCCGCGGGUGGGGGCCCUGACUGUCCGAGAACGGCGCAGGACAGUCACCUUUGGCUUUUGCACCCAGCCAGAUGAUUUGCCUUCAGGCUCCCAGCCUUCAAAGUACUGCACUUGAUCUUUUAUCAGUAUUGAUCCAGGCUCUUCAGUCAAGAGUAUCACAAAGAUUAAUGUUACUUCAACAAAUGGAGAAUAAAUGUCUAGAUGAAAACAAGGAAAAGGCAUCUCAGAUACAAGCAGCUCAAACUGCUCUUAAAAGGAACCUUAGUCUUUUAAAGGAUAUAGAAGCAGCAGAAAAGUCUCUACAGACCCGGAGUCACCCAAUUCCAUCACCAGAGGUGGUUUCUCUUGAGACUCUUUACUGGGCAUCAGUAGAAGAAUAUAUUCCCAAGUGGGAACAGUUUCUUUUAGGAAGAGCACCAUAUCCGAUCGGUGUUGAAAAUGAAAAUGAAGCAGAAAAAUACCACUCAAAGUGAGGCGCAGUGAUAACUCCUUCACAUGCUCUUUCAAAAGAACCUGUUUAGUACAGCCGAAUAUUAAAGAAUAUGCAGAUCGUUUCAGGAACUUUAGCAAUCGGGUAUGUUCCCAGUGUCCCAUUACCUUCUCAAUGACAGUCAGGAUCUGACAAUCUGCUGAGUCUCAGGUUGUCACUUUGAGACCUACUAGUAGUUCCAGGUCAAGAAUUUGCCUUCUGCCAAAUCCAUGGAAGUGUUAGUGUUAAAAGCUCACACUGAAAGGUGGACUGUUUAUUAAACAAGUUGCUAAAUAAGUGUGUGUGUCUCGUUUUAAGAAAAAAAAAAGCAUUUACAGCCAUUCUCAUCUAAACAGUAAAUACUGGCUGUUCUGAUGCUACAUUUUCUAGAAUCCUUUUGGUUAUUUUAUUACGGGGAUCAUGUUCAGCACAGGAUCAAAGUGGGUGUUGGUCCAUUAUUACAGUUUCUUCUAACAAGUAGAAAAAAUAGAGACACUUAAGCUGCUUCAAUAUAAUAUUUAUUAGAGAAUGGAUUUAUAGGAUUUUGUCCUUCAUAGAUAAUCAAACCUCUGAAAAGUUCUGGGGGAAAGAACUAAACCAUCAAGCAUUUGAUAAGUAGCCAGUUUCAGGAAGGCUCAGACUUGGUUCUGAAAAAGGUCCCCUGUUAGAGCUGAGAAUGGUUAUUGGAUUUUGACUUGGUUAUUUAAGGACUGCCAACCCUGUGAAUGUCGAUAACUCCUCUCAUCUUCUCAUCUUUAAACUUGCCCUUCCCUCUCCCUUCUAUUGUCAUGAUUUCUGAAACUGUCAGAAAGCUUUGAGGUUCCUCAGUCUUCCACUGCUUGAACACUCAAAAAAAUUUGUUUUUCUAAUUAUAGAGGCAGCUCCUGCUAGCAAGGGGAGUCUAUACGUUCAUUGCCAUUCAAGCAUUUAAAUUUCAAACUGGUUUGUGUUUUUAAAAGAAAAUAGGAUAAGCUAAAAGAAAAAAAAAAAAACAACACUAUAUUGAAACGUCCAUUGUGCUGAUAAGUUCCUUUAAACUACCAUCUUGGAAAUAUCCUGUUGAGUGGGUGGAUGGUGUGGGUAACAAUAACGUUGUUUUCAUAAUAUGCGCUGGCAGAUUAACAUACUUCUCUACAGUGUUAACAGUUGUAAUUAAGGAAUAAACAGCACAGAGUGUCAGUCCGAUGACAAUUUCAUCUAUAGUGUCACAAUACAAAAUGUCACAAAAUAUUAGAACUGUUAUGUAACUAUAAAAAGUACCCGCUUAAAAGCUGAAAGCCUUUUUAAAAAAGGAAGACAGAGAAAGGAAGAAAAAAGAAAACUGGCAUAGAGACCAGAACAAUUUAUACCUUCUCAAGAAUGUUCUGACAUGAAAAUAAAUUGAUAAUUUUUUUUUUUUCCUGUUACAUCACAGUUUGGUUUCUAGCCAUCCAGUUGAUUUAGCAGGAGAAUGCACGGCUUUUUAGCAGCUUUGAAUUGGUAAACAGAUUUAGAUGUAGUAGAAAGGAACAUGAGGAAGUUUUUUUUUUUUUUUUUUAACAUCCAAUCUUUCCCAGCAUAUGCACAUAAGAAGGUGAAUGAAGCGAUGUGAAACUUAUAUCUCUUUAGUCAAGUGAAAAAAAAGGCUAAACAUUUGUUGAGAUAGUAAAAUAUUGUGUCAAGCAAGUAGGCACAUUCCAAAAUUAAACAGUGGUUGAUACGUUAACAUCCUCAAAUAUUUGAGUGCACACUUCCUUUGAGUUCUGUAAAUUAAAUCACCAGUAGGUUCGAUUAAAAUACAAAAUGAAUAGCAAUUUAACCAUGUCAAGAAAAGGUUGUUUUUUUCCUCCCCUAAGUUGACUGACUUGCUAAAUAGUUUCUAAAAAGAGCAUAUAUUUAAUAUACCCUGGGUUACCACUUAGGGAAGCGGGAUGGAUGUCAUUUCUAGGCUUUAGCUGUAUCAUUUGCCCUGUUACUAGAGAAUACCUCAAAAACUCCCAGAGAUGACUUUAUUCCUGGCCCCCACAGAACUCCCUCCCCUCCUUGUAGACUGUAACAGAUUGCACCACAUGGUGUAUGUUUAAAAAAAUAUAUAUCCAUAGGGACCUAGAUACCCCAUUAAAGGGCUUUAUAUUCCUCAUGGCAAAUUAGCUUUACAUAGGAAUUUCCAAGUACCGUUUUCUGUAAGGAGGGAAGAAAUGCCGUAUCUAACGUGUAUUUUGUAUUUGCUAUCACUAGGAAUCAGACAAGGAAACAGGUCAUCUACUCAUACUCCCCCUGCCCCCUACCACUGCUAUGAUUCAGCGUCCUUCCCGUUCACUCCAUCUCAUACCUGCUAUUCAUGAAAAACACGAAUUCGGUAUUUGGGGGUUUGGAUUUUGGUUUUUGUCUGUUUACAAUAAUGGGAUUUUCAAAAUAAAGGUCAUUUCAAGA